UAUUGCUUCUGCGGACCGCGUAGCGGACAUGGCGAGCUCCCGGGUCCCACGGCAGCUUUUCCUACAGGGUGUGGCCGCAGUCUACUUGUUCGCCUUUGCGUCCCUGUACACCCAGAUCCCAGGCCUCUAUGGCCCAGAAGGCAUCCUUCCUGCUCGAAGAACACUGCGGCCCCAAGGCAAGGGUCGAUGGCAGCAGCUGUGGGAAACACCAACGCUGCUGUGGGAGGCACCAAGACUGGGGCUGGAUACUGCCCAGGGUCUGGAUCUGCUGACCCUAUUGGGCACCGUGCUAGCCCUGGGUCCCCUGCUCUUGAACUCCCUGCGACAUCCCCUCAUCUACCUGCUGCUCUGGGCUGCCUACCUGUCCGUGUGCCAGGUGGGCCAAGUGUUCCUUUAUUUCCAGUGGGAUUCCCUACUGCUGGAGACAGGCUUCCUGGCUAUACUGGUAGCCCCACUGAGGCAGCCUUCCAACCACAAGAACCCCCAGGGUGGAUUAGCAGGGUCCUUACCCCAUGAAGACCUCCCGUUCUGGCUCGUGCGCUGGCUGCUGUUUCGACUCAUGUUCGCCUCUGGUGUGGUCAAGCUGACCAGCCGCUGCCCUGCGUGGUGGGGCCUCACUGCCCUCACCUACCACUAUGAGACACAGUGCCUGCCCACACCUGCUGCCUGGUUUGCCCACCACCUGCCAGUCUGGCUGCACAAGCUCAGCGUGGUCGCCACCUUCCUCAUCGAGAUUGCGGUGCCCCCUCUGUUCUUCGCCCCGAUCCGUCGCCUGCGAUUGACUGCCUUCUAUGCUCAGGCAUUAUUGCAAGUCCUGAUUAUCAUUACUGGCAACUACAAUUUCUUCAACCUGCUAACCUUGGUGCUCACCACUACCCUCCUGGAUGACCGGCACCUCUCUGCUGAGCCUGGCCCCAGAUGCCACAAGAAGAUGCCCACCUCCUGGCCCAAGGCCCUGCUGACCAUGCUAUCCCUACUGCUGGAACUGACUGUCUAUGGGCUGCUGUCCUAUGGCACCGUGCACUACUUUGGCCUGGAAAUUGACUGGCAGGAGCAUAUCAUCGUCUCUAAAACCACCUUCACCUUCCACCAGUUCUCCCAGUGGCUGAAGAUGAUAACCCUGCCUACUGUGUGGCUGGGGGCAGCCUCCCUGGCUUGGGAGUUACUCGUUGCCCUCUGGAGGUGGAUUCACGUACAAGGAUGGCUUCGGAAGUUCUUUGCCAGUAUCCAGCUCUCCAUCCUGGGCACUGCCACGGUGGCCUUGUUCUUGAUCAGCCUAGUACCUUACUCCUAUGUGGAGCCUGGGACCCAUGGGCGUCUCUGGACUGGGGCUCAUCGCCUGUUCAGUUCCGUGGAGCAUCUUCAACUGGCCAACUCAUAUGGCCUUUUCCGCCGGAUGACUGGUCUGGGUGGGCGGCCCGAAGUGGUACUGGAGGGCAGCUAUGAUGGACACCAUUGGACAGAGAUUGAAUUCAUGUACAAACCUGGGAAUGUAAGUCGACCACCCCCUUUCCUGAUACCCCACCAGCCACGCCUUGAUUGGCAGAUGUGGUUUGCAGCCCUCGGCCCACAUACACACAGCCCCUGGUUCACCAGCCUGUUGCUACGUCUCCUGCAGGGCAAGGAGCCAGUGAUCCGGCUGGUCCAAAACCACGUUGCCAAGUAUCCCUUUCAUGAUAAGCCACCCACCUACCUGCGGGCCCAGCGCUAUAAGUACUGGUUCUCAAAGCCUGGGGAGCGAAGCCAGUGGUGGAACCGCCAGUGGGUAGAGGAAUUCUUCCCACCUGUAUCCCUAGGGGACCCAGCACUGGAGACACUGCUCCAACAGUUUGGACUUCAGGAUAAGAGUCCACUCCGGGCCCGCAGCUCCAGCAAUACCCUAGCUCAGACACUGAACUGGGUGCGGAUGCAGCUGUCUCCUCUAGAGCCUUCCAUCCUGCUAUGGGGGCUCUUAGGGACAGUGGUGACUAUCCGAGUUGUGCAGACCCUACUCGCCCCCCGUCGGCUCCAGUCCUCAAAACUGGCUAAAGAGGAAAAACGUAAGCAAACGCCCAAGAAGGAUUCCAGAGCUAACUCUGAGCAAGCUGCCCCCGCCCUCAGCAGCAACAGCAGUGACUCCUCGGCCCCUCGGCGGAAAAAAUAGCUUCAUGUGCAUCAGCCAGCCACAUGUGUUGACGGAGCCAGAUCCCCAGGAUUCCAGCCCAUGUCAUGACACGGCCCAGCCACUGUGCCUUAGCCAGUCCUGCCAGGGCAGGUGCAGACCGGAGCGCUGCCCCUGAGGAUUGCCAGGUGUUACUUGAAAGCCCUACUUGUCCCUCUACACCAACCACAUCCCUCGCCAGUCACCUUCUACUGUCUUGGCAGCCAACCCAGAAGUGGACAUGUGAGCAGCUCAGGACUUUUCCUGGAACACUGUAAUCAGGGUACCCAUAGGUGCAAAGGCCUGAGUCUGGAGCUCCUACCCAGCCCCACUGUGGAGAGGAUGAGCUAGACCCACUGAGGAGAGGAGCCAAGGGAAGUGAGUCCGUGAAGCGGUGCCUGCCUGUCCCUCGGACUGCACCAAUAAAGGCACCAUUUCUACA